AUGGAUGGCAAUAGAUCAGAAAGUGGCUCCGGAGUGAAUUCUCCAGCUCCCAGUGCAUCAUCGGGGCAACCGAAAGUCCAACAGCCAAAACCACAGACCCUAGUGAACCGACCAGGCCCGUCGGCAAUUCUCGUGUCUACACGACAGAAGGGCAACCCAAUUCUCAACCAUAUUAAACUCCUACCGUGGGAAUAUGCCGACAUUCCCGCUGACUAUGUGGUUGGCACGACUGCAUGCGCUCUGUUCCUGUCAUUGAAGUACCAUCGACUGCACCCCGAAUAUAUCUACUCCCGAGUGCGGCUACUGGCCGGCAAAUACAAUUUGCGGAUCGUGCUGGUCAUGGUCGAUAUUCCCAACCACGAGGACAGUCUCAAGGAGCUGUCCAAGACAUCCAUAAUCAACAAUCUCACAUUAAUGCUGUGCUGGUCCGCUCCCGAAGCCGCACACUACCUGGAACUGUUCAAGUCCUCGGAACACGCGCAACCCACGGCAAUCCGUACCCAACAAGCCCAGUCCUACAAGGAAUCACUAGUGGAAUUUGUUACGGUUCCACGAAGUAUCAACAAGUCCGACGCAGCCAGCUUGAUCUCGACGUUCGGGAGUCUCCAGAAUGCCGUUAAUGCGCAGCCAGAGCAGAUCAGUGCGGUGCCAGGCUGGGGAGGGAAAAAGGUCCAGCAGUGGUGCAAUGCAGUACGAGAGGAUUUCCGGGUGGAAACGGCCAAGAAAUCAAGCGCAACUAACACAAGGCUUCCAAGUCAACCACAACAGCCUACAGCCCAACCACAAGAACAGGAUAUGUACGAAGAUGAGGAAGAAAUGCUUCGUUCUGCGUUGGCAGAGAGCCGCGCCCGAGAACCAGCAGCUGCGACGGCCAAUGACCGCCAGGAAAAGGCUCAAGAAGAAGAAAUGAGCGAAGGAAUUGCAGUAGCACUUGCCAAACUUCGAGAAUGA